CCUCUCUCCCUGGCCUCCUCCUCUAUAUCUACGACUUGGAUCCUCUCCAUUCCUGAGAGACCUCUUUCUCUAUCUCUCUAAAACACCUUCUUUAUAUAUAAAGAUAAAGAAGGUGGUGGUUAGCUAUGGCGGGGGAUCUUAUGCCUUUCUUGGUGAAUGUUCUGCUGCAAGUUUGCUAUGCAGGGAUGAACAUCAUAUCGAUGCUUGCCAUGCAAUCCGGCAUGCACCCGCUUGUGCUCGUCGCUUACCGGCAGGUUUUCGCGACCAUGGCAAUCGCACCAUUUGCUUAUUUCAUGGAGUGGAGAACGAGACCCAGGAUUACACUACCUAUUUUGUUGGAGAUAUUAGUGUGUUCCCUAACAGGGGCAACAGGAAACCAGCUCGCAUACUUUGUAGGGUUAAAAAACUCAACCCCAACGAUUGGAUGUGCAUUAACUAAUACACUUCCAGCAUUCACUUUCAUCCUUGCUGUUCUUUUCAGGCAAGAAACUGUGGGGAUCAAGACGAAGGCAGGCCAAGCAAAAGUGAUUGGGACAAUUGUAUGUGUUGGGGGAGCCCUUUUAUUGUCAUUCUACCAUGGGCACACCAUUGAUAUAAAGGAAUCCAGCAUUCAUUGGACUUAUGCACAGAAUAUGGAAAAGAAGAGUUCUAUCUCUAGCGACCAAAAGAACCCCAUCUUGGGCCCCGUUUUCCUCAUUUUUAGUUCUCUCUCUUGGGCACUAUGGUUCAUUCUUCAAGCAAGAUUGAACGAGAGGUUUCCAGCUCCUUACACAAGCACUACAUUGAUGUGUUUCAUGGCCAGCAUUGAGUGUGGGAUCAUUGCCUUAAUUCCCAAACAUGACAAGUCCUCAUGGUCAUUGGCCGAUCCAAUGAGGCUCUUUGCAUCCCUCUACGCAGGAUGUGUUUGUUCUGCAAUAGCAUUUGUUAUCAUUUCCUGGGCUAUCCACAUGAAAGGCCCUCUCUAUGUCUCAGUUUUCAGCCCCUUGUUGCUUGUGAUCGUCGCUAUUUCUAGUUGGGCCCUGCUGGGUGAGAAAUUAUAUGUUGGAACAGCUCUAGGGUCUCUUUUGAUUGUGAUGGGGCUCUAUGCUGUUCUGUGGGGGAAGAACAAGGAGACGAGAGUGAGGAGUAGUGGUUUUAAGAAUUCAGAAUCAACAAAGGUAGAAGACGAGAAGGAAGACUUGGAACUGCAGUUUGAUGCAAAAUCAAAUGGGAAUUAUCUGCUUACAACAAGAGAGGAGAAGCAACAAGAGAAGUAAUAUAUCCACAAUUCAAUAUUAUUGAAUGCUAGCUCCCAUGCAUGUCCAAGUUUGUUAAAAGUUUCAAUAAAAUCUUCCUUUUCGAUCGGUCUCCAAACUGUCCAAGUUUUCACAAAUACUUGUGCUGUAUCACCUGUUGUAAUAAAUUAAGAAUGUAUGAAUGCAAAGGAGUUUGAAGGUUUUUCCCGUUAGGGUGGAAAUUCCCGAUCGAUCAAUCGGGAUAAUGAGAAAUGAAAUUGUCAACGAAAAACUUUUC